CAACCAAGAUGGCGGCCGGUGGGAGCGGCGGCGGCCUGUCGUCCUGCCCGCCAGGGGUAGGGAACGGCUGCAGCAACAGCAACGGCAGCGGCGGCGGCGGGCCCGGGACGGGCCUGAGCUACAAUAACUGUGCCGUGGCGGCGGCCGCGGCCUCGGCCCCCGGUAACUCGGCGGCCGCUUCCGCUUCCUCCGCCUCCGCGGCCUCCGCGGCCUCCUCCGCCUCCGCCGGGCCUGGGGCCGCCUCCGCCCAGGCCGCGGGGAGCGGCGGCGGCGGGGCAGGCUCGGCCGUGGCGGCGGCGGCCCCGGGCCCGGUCCCCGCUCCGGCCCCGCCCGGGGCCGUGGGGGCGGCGGCGGCGGCGGGACUGGUGCUGCACCGCGAGCCCGUCUACAACUGGCAGGCGACGAAGCCCACGGUGAAGGAGCGCUUCGCCUUCCUCUUCAACAACGAGGUGCUCAGCGACGUGCACUUCCUGGUGGGCAAAGGCAUGAGCUCGCAGCGCAUCCCCGCGCACAGGUUUGUGUUGGCUGUGGGCAGCGCUGUCUUCGAUGCAAUGUUUAAUGGUGGAAUGGCCACAACUUCUACGGAAAUUGAACUGCCAGAUGUGGAACCUGCUGCUUUCUUAGCUUUACUCAAAUUUCUUUAUUCUGAUGAAGUUCAGAUUGGGCCAGAGACUGUUAUGACCACACUUUAUACAGCUAAAAAGUAUGCUGUUCCUGCUCUUGAGGCACACUGUGUGGAAUUUCUAAAGAAAAAUCUCCGAGCUGAUAAUGCUUUCAUGCUUCUGACACAGGCAAGACUGUUUGAUGAACCCCAACUGGCCAGCCUGUGCUUGGAGAAUAUAGAUAAAAACACAUCAGAUGCUAUUAAUGCAGAGGGUUUCACAGACAUUGAUUUAGACACACUUGUUGCCGUGUUGGAGCGGGACACCCUGGGCAUCCGAGAGGUUCGCUUAUUUAACGCCGUGGUCCGCUGGUCAGAAGCAGAGUGUCAGCGGCAGCAGCUUCCAGUGACUCCAGAAAACAAACGGAAAGUGCUGGGCAAAGCCCUUUCUCUCAUUCGUUUCCCACUGAUGACAAUUGAAGAAUUUGCUGCAGGGCCUGCUCAGUCGGGCAUCCUCACUGACCGGGAGGUGGUCAGUCUGUUUCUCCACUUUACCGUGAACCCAAAGCCUCGAGUGGAGUUCAUUGACAGACCUCGCUGCUGCCUUCGAGGGAAGGAGUGUAGUAUCAACCGCUUUCAGCAGGUGGAGAGCCGCUGGGGCUACAGCGGGACUAGUGACCGAAUCAGGUUCUCAGUUAACAAGAGGAUAUUUGUGGUUGGGUUUGGAUUAUAUGGAUCAAUACAUGGACCAACGGAUUAUCAAGUCAACAUACAGAUCAUCCACACUGAUAGUAACACAGUCCUGGGUCAGAAUGACACCGGCUUCAGCUGUGAUGGGUCCUCUAAUACAUUCCGGGUCAUGUUUAAAGAGCCUGUGGAGAUCUUGCCCAAUGUGAACUACACGGCGUGUGCGACACUGAAGGUACAGUGCUUCUGGGGAAGGGGCCCCAGGCCACACUCCUGUCUGGGGGGUUUUAGCAUUUGACC